AGUGUUGCCUGAGGCUGCAGCUUAAUACCAAACCCCUUUGAUAAUCAUACUAAAACAGUCAAAAAUUACCUAAAUAGGAAGAACGUAAAAUGGAUCCAUCUUCUAAUCCAGUUGUUUUCUUCGAUAUAGCAUUAGGUGGGGAGCCUCUUGGGCGUGUGAAGAUAGAACUUUUCGCAGAUGUAACCCCGCGAACUGCAGAGAAUUUUCGUCAAUUCUGCACAGGGGAAAGUAAAAACUCCCAGGGACGACCGCAAGGAUACAAGAAUAGCAAGUUCCACCGCGUGAUCAAGGAUUUCAUGAUCCAGGGGGGUGACUUCAUCAAUGGAGAUGGCACAGGAUCCUGUUCUAUCUAUGGACUCUCAAAAUUUCCCGAUGAAAAUUUUGCUAUAAGGCAUGAUCGUCCUGGUCUCCUAAGCAUGGCAAACUCCGGGCCCAAUACAAAUGGCUGCCAGUUUUUUAUAACAACUGUAGCAACACCAUUCUUGAAUAAUAAACACGUGGUUUUUGGCCAGGUGGUCAGUGGAAUGGAAACUGUUAAGAUGAUCGAGAAUACUCGAACUACCAGGGAUAAGCCGAAUCAGGAUGUGGUGAUUGUACAAUGUGGAGAGAUGUGAGCCCAGUAAAAUUACGUGUAGACAUAGCUCCAAACAAACAAACCA